AUGGCAUCCGAAAGCAGUCUCAUUGCGUUGACAAACCAACUCACCCGCCGGCCGGUCGUCUCAUCGCUCUCCGCAGCACUCGCCGCAACGGUGUUGGCCUGGGCAGUCCGCGACUACCGUGACUAUAUCGCCCUCGGUCCGGGGGGCGUGCCUCACAACUUUGCGGGAUGGCUCAUGGUCACGCUCGGCAUACGUCCCUUUGCGCUCUCCAAGAGCUCCGCGACGUGGACAGGUGACUAUCCUGAAAAGGGAUACCAUGAAGACAUGAAAGCUUUGCCGGAGAGGAAGGGCGAGAGGGCGGCGCUGGGAGGCAUCGUUCCGCAUAGACAGCUGAGCCAACACGCGCCAGAAAACAUGAGAGAGUUCAUCCAAAAUCUAUUUGCCAACGCCGCCACUCAAAACCCAGCACUCUUGGAAACAAAGCGCUCCCUCUACGAACGUCAGAAUCCAGCCUUAUUCGUCGCCCCGGGUGUCCUUUCUCAAACGGUCGUAGAGACAGCACGUACCGCCCGGGGCGAGAUUGCCCAUCACCACGGCGAUCUUUCUAUCCACAUGUAUCUUUCCCCCGCCGAUGCCAGGCUCGCCAUUGAAAAGGGCUGGGCCGAGCGUCACCGCCUCGCCUUGCCGCAAAAGUCGUGGUUUGCGAACCGCUAUCACGUCGCCGACUCGUACGUCAUGAUCUACGGACCGCGGGACGAGGAGGAAAUGGAGAUUUUUGCAACCAUCUUGCGAAGCGGGAUCCAGUUUAUGACAGGGAGGGAGGACGUCGAGCCUAUCGAGUGGAAGCAGCUGAUCGUAUGA